AGUAGAAUAUUGGUUGGCAACCUGUACCAAGUGUGACUUUAGUACUAGAAUAUAAGCAGGCAACCCGUACCAAGUGUAAUUUAGUAGUAGAGUUUAUGAGGCAACCCGUACCAAGUGGGACAUUUCUGCGUGUGUAUUAGUGAAAAUCUUAGUUUGGUUAAUUGUAGAUUUAUACAAUGCUUAAAUCGUCAGAGAUAAAAGUAUGCAACUGAUCUAGUUCCUCAUUUGCAAUUUAUUCAUACAUAAAAUAUAAAUAAAUUGUACAUUUUUAUCUAUGAUUGUUGGAGAAUGGAAUUCAAUGAAAUUUUUACAAAUGAAGAAAGAAUUUGUCGCCUAUGCGGCGAAAAGCAACAUAAUGUCAUAGAACUUUCUGGAAAGGAUAGUAACGAUAUUAAAUCUUUAAUCAGACGCACUCUUGGCUUUUUGAAUAUAAAGUACAAAGAAAAUGAUUACUUUCCAAAUUGUUUAUGCGUCGCUUGUCAUUUGGAUGCUGAAUCAACAGUUAAAUUUCUUCAAAUGGUAGAAGAGGGACAAAGGAAAUUGACGCAAAAGUUAAGAAGGAAAAAUGUGAUGUCAAUUGAUGGGGAAAAUUUUAUUGACGGAGCUCCCACUCCCACUACAGGUCCAAAAUUAUCAAAGCACACCCCUCCUAAAAAAUUCACUAAACGUGUAAGAAAAAAGAAAAAACGUUUUCCUUGUGAUCCUUCUCCUUACCUUGAGGGUGAACAAAUCGAUGUCAGUUUAGAAAUAAAUUCAGACAAUUCUUCAGAGAUAAACACUGGAACGCUCAUCACUAUACAACCAAUUGCUGAAUUAAGAUCUGCAAAUGGGUCGUCUUUAGCAGAAAUAAUUUCAGUUGGUUCAGAUGCUCCUAUGCAUCAGUCAACACCCACUAAGCCAGAAAUACGUAUGAUAUGUGAAUACUGUAAAGAAGUCUUUACAAAACAACACAUAUUUCUAAAACAUUUACGGACGCAUAAUGAUUCUCUAUAUAAAUGUUUGGCGUGUGCAUCAAAGUUCGAGACAUUAACUAACGUGAAGAAACAUCACAAGCUUACUCGUCAUAAAGGUACAACACUUCUGACCAAAACUAACACUGAAAAUAAUGAAAAACAAUCGCCGGACAAAAAAUCCGAAACCACAAUUAAUAUAGUUGUAAAUGAUGAAGGACAUAUCACUUCUAUUAAUUCAGAUGUAAAUGCAACGCCCAAAGGAAACGAUGAAACUGCUAAGUCACCGGUAAAUAUAGCUGAAAAUAUAGAGCAGGUACGAUCAGUUUUGUCGCCUAAAAUAAGCUCGUUUAAAUGUUUGAAGUGCAACAAAUCAUAUAAAACUCACUAUUCGGUGUUACGUCAUCACAAACAAGUCCAUGUGGGCAUUCGACCGUACAAGUGUCAAUAUUGCACUGCCAGCUUUAAGCACACUACCAAUUUGACUUAUCAUAUGGCUAAACACACCGGUAUACGAAAUUUUAAAUGCAAUAUAUGCUCCAAGGCAUUUGUACAUAAAAGCGAGCUGACUUUGCACAUGCGAACACACACCGGUGACAAACCUUAUGUCUGCAAGCACUGUUCCAAAGGCUUUGCGCAUCGUUCCAAUAUGGUCACACAUAUGCGAUUGCACUCUGGUCAAUUACCGUUUAAUUGCGAAACAUGCGGCGCAAAUUUCAACAGCAGUUCCCAUUGGAAACUGCACAAACAAAUGCAUCUAAAACACGCACAACGUGCAGUCCUCGCACGUUUGCAGGGCAAUAAAGCGAAAAAUGCCAUAUUAAGCGAUACACUUGAAUCUACUGUUAAUGCAUCUUCAACACAGACUUACGACUCCGUCCAAAAAUCAAAUGUUCCCAUGUCCUUGCUUCGUUCAAAAGUUACAAACGUAAAGUCUGUUGAGGUAUUGCCACCUCUCAAAACAUUACCCGGUCCUAACAUCGUUAUUAGUAAAGACGAAUUGGAAAGGCUCAUUCUUACAAAUAUACCCAUGAGUGUUAGCACCGCUCCUAAGGGCACCCAACUUAGAUAUAAAUGCGAUCGGUGUUUUCAACGUUUCAAUUUGAAAUCUGCUUUGACGAAGCACUUGCGUACACACACGGGAGAAAGGCCUUAUAAGUGCCCAUUUUGUCCGCGAACAUUUGCUGAUGCAUCAAAUUUUAAACGUCACAAGACGCUACACAAAACAGCCACGGAAGAGUUACAAAAUGUCACCAAAAAAUAUAAGACUUCUGAUUUGUUGCAUGAAUUUCAGCGUGAUAGAAAAAAAGCACUUCCUGUUGGAAAUGUCUCACCAACCCAUAGUGUAGCAUCAGAUCCCGAUCCAGACGGUUUGGAGGCACAUCAACUAACAAGCGCACCUUCGCCAAAAAGUGCUUCCGAUGUCAGUGAUACUGUCGUUGAUAUGCUGCACAGCAUAGCUGGCGAAACAAAGUGGAAGAUAUCAAGUGGCCACGAUACUUCCCAUAGUACAAGCGAGGUGAAUGUUUUACACAGACCUGCAAUUCCCAAAUCUCCACAAAAACUAAUUUGUAUUUCUUAUCCGAAUCCAGCGAACCCCAGUGAUAACAAAAUUACUACUUUUUAUGUGUAAAUAAAGUUUUAAAGUUUUAAAAGUUAUACAUAUCGUA